AUUACGCUAUCGAAAUAAUGGAAGUUGAAAAUGAAAAAGUUGCUUCUAAAACCACCAAAAAGUCGAAGAAAAAAGCAAAGGAACCAGGAAUAAUAUAUUUCAGUAGAAUACCUACGUAUAUGAGUGUUAAAAAGAUACGUCAGAUAUUCAGUGUAUACGGUGAAUUGGACAGAAUCUUCCUUCAACCAGAUGAGAGGGCCCCAGAACAUAAGAAGAAUAGAGUAUUCUCAGAAGGAUGGAUUGAGUUCAAGGAUAAAAAGAUUGCUAAGCAAGUUGCUGUUACCCUUAAUAACAAACAAAUUGGGGGCAAACGGAGAAGCCCCUGGUAUGAAGAAGUCUGGAUGAUGAAGUACCUCCAUCGCUUUAAAUGGGCUCAUUUAAAUGAAAGACUUGCAUAUGAAAGUGCAGUGCACACACACCGUAUGAGAACUGAAAUUGCCCAGGUCAAAAAAGAAACAAAUUUCUAUAUCGAUAACAUUGAAAAGCGAAAAGCUUUCAAACGAAUUGAAAAGAAAAAAGAACGAACACUGAAUCUUAGACCUUGGGAGUUUCACCAAGCUGCAACAGAAGAUGAAAUUCAGGAUAAAAAGAGAAAGCGCAAAGGUGUUGAAGAUGAAAAAGUUCCAGAGAAAAAGAAACAGAAAGGCUCUGAUGCUGCAGUUGGAAAUAAUAAAUCAUUCAUGAAAAGGAUUUUCUCUGGUGGAUUACAAGCAGAUGAUAGUGAUGAUGAAUCUUGAGAUAUAGCCCAUGAGUCUAAAUCAUAUUUUGGCCAGUUAUCAAGGGAUUAGUGAACAGACGUGAAUGUCAAGGCAAAUGGCAAAAAUGGCACAUUCAAAGAAUAAAUAACUCAAUAUCAGGAGAAUCUAAUGGCCAUUACCUUUAGUCUGGCAUCUAUAUAUGAUAAAUAGGAAUGGAUUUUUUUUUAAAAUAAUUAUGUUUGAGGUAAAAAUUAUUUUUGAGGUAAAAAUUCGAAAUUUGAUCGUAUGAUUUAAAAAAUCAAGGUGGAAAAAAUCAUAAUCUAAUGGUCGCUUCCUGAAUAUAUAAUGUACAUUAAAAUGCAUUGUGAAGAUUAAGAAUAUAUUUUUGUCAAUAUCAGAAUUAAAUAUUUGAAUUAUUUUUUGUUGUUGUAUUUUGGGAAUAUCUUAGUUUGGCCCAAGUAAGAAAGACAAAGCCACACUUAACUCAAAAGCAGACACAGUUGGGAAAAUUUACGGAAUG